AUGAAGGAACUGCACCUGGACACCCACAGGGCCGUGCGCUACCACUGGCGUGUGUGGGAGCUCACCGGACUGAUGCAGCCCACGGGAAUCUCCCGGUUUUGGUAUUUCAUCUACUCUUUGGUGAUCAACGCUUCGGUCACCAUCCUGUUCCCCCUGAGCCUCGUGGCCCGGCUGUUCUUCACCCACAACAUGCAGAACAUGUGCGAGAAUCUGACCAUCACCAUCACGGACAUCGUGGCGAACCUUAAGUUCCUCAAUGUGUUUCUGGUGCGACGGCAGCUCCACGAGAUUCGCUCCCUGCUGAAGCACCUGGACGAACGGGCGCGCCAAAUCCAUCAUCCGGAGGAGCUGGCCGCCUUGAACGAGGCCGUGACGAUCGCCCAGAAGGGCUUUCAGUACUUUGCCCGGAUCUUCACCUUCGGCACCAUCCUCAGUUGCAUCCGAGUGGCCAUCUCCUCGAAGCGGCAGCUCCUCUACCCGGCCUGGUUCGGUGUCAACUGGGAGAACUCUUGGCGGGCGUAUGUGAUCUGUUAUGCCUACCAGCUCUUUGGUUUGGUCGUCCAGGCGGUCCAGAACUGCGCCAGUGACUCGUAUCCGCCGGCAUACCUUUGCCUGCUGACGGGCCACAUGCGGGCCCUGGAGUUACGGGUGCGGCGGAUCGGUUAUGGGAGGGGAAGGUUGAAUUCCACGCACGAGGAGCUGCUCGACUGCAUCCGGGACCUGAUGCUGGUCCACCAGCUAAAGAACAUCAUCCAGCGCAUCCUGUCGGUGGCCUGUAUGGCGCAGUUCGCCUGCUCCGCCGCCGUCCAGUGCACCGUGGCGAUGCACUUCCUCUACGUGGUGGACGACAACGAUCUGUCCGCCAUGAUCCUGUCGAUAGUGUUCUUUGUGGCCGUCACCCUGGAGGUCUUCAUCAUUUGCUACUUUGGGGAGCGGAUGCGAACGCAGAGCGAGGCUCUCUGCGAUGGCUUCUAUGCCUGCAACUGGGUGGACCAGCUGCCCGUCUUCAAGCGGGAUCUCAUCUUCACUCUGGCCAGAACCCAGAAGCCGUCUCUGAUCUACGCCGGCGGCUACAUACCCUUGUCCCUGGAGACCUUUGAGCAGCUCAUGCGGUUCACUUACUCCGCCUUUACGCUCCUCCUGCGGGCUAAGUAAUUAUCCUGGCCAAUAAAAG